UUUAAUGGAAAGAUUUAUAUACCGACUGUAUUAUUUACUUUGGGAGGGGAGGUGGCAGUAUAAGGGAUGCCUUGAGACACACGCAGCAUCUGGUGGAGGAUUAACAUACAUACAUGUGUAUGUAUGCGUCACGUAUAUAUUUACUGCAAAUGGUGGGGAUCAUUUAGUGCCCGAGAUGGGAGACCUGAAGUCAGGUUUUGAAGAGGUGGAUGGCGUGAGGCUCGGCUACCUCAUCAUUAAAGGAAAGCAAAUGUUUGCCCUCUCCCAAGUCUUUACGGAUCUGCUGAAAAACAUCCCGAGGACGACCGUGCACAAGCGCAUGGAUCAUUUGAAAGUGAAAAAGCACCACUGCGAUCUGGAGGAGUUGAGGAAACUCAAGGCAAUCAACAGCAUCGCCUUCCACGCCGCCAAAUGCACGCUCAUCUCUCGGGAAGACGUGGAAGCUCUCUACACCUCCUGCAAAACCGAGCGUGUCCUCAAGACCAAGCGCAGGAGGGUCGGCCGGGCCCUGGCCACAAAGGCGCCGCCGCCAGAGCGCGCCGCCGCCGCCACCAGCCCCCGCCCGGGUUUUUGGAAGGACAAGCACCAACUUUGGCGGGGCCUGAGCGGAGCCGCGCGGCCCCUGCCAAUCAGCGCGCAGUCCCCGCGCCCGGGCGCCGCCGCCGCGCGCCCCGCCGCCCAUCUACCUCAGAUUUUUAGCAAAUACCCGGGCUCGCACUAUCCGGAAAUCGUGCGCUCGCCUUGCAAACCCCCUCUAAACUAUGAAACUGCCCCGCUCCAGGGAAACUACGUUGCUUUCCACUCGGACCCUGCUUAUUUUCGGAGCCUGCUGUGCAGCAAGCACCCGGCCGCCGCCGCCGCNACUUGCCUGGAGAGGUUUCAUCUGGUUAACAGCUUCUGCACGCCUCCCCACCACCACCACCACCACCAUCACCACCACCACCACCACCACCACCACCACCGGGCCCAGCAGCCGCCGCCGAAUCACCACCCCCCACAUCACCACCGGCCGCAGCCCCAUCUCGGCAGCUUUCCCGAGAGUUGCAGCAGCGACUCGGAGUCCAGCUCCUACUCGGACCAUGCAGCCAACGACUCAGAUUUUGGCUCCAGUUUGUCCAGCUCCAGCAACUCGGUGUCCUCGGAGGAAGAAGAGGAGGAGGGAGAAGAGGAGGAGGAGGAGGAAGAGGAGGAGGAGGAGGAGGAGGGGGGCAGUGGGGCCUCGGAUUCCAGCGAAGUCAGCUCGGAGGAGGAGGACUCGUCCACGGAGUCGGACUCCAGCUCCGGCUCCAGCCAAGUGUCAGUGCAGAGCAUCCGUUUCAGACGCACCAGCUUCUGCAAGCCUCCCAGUGUGCAGGCGCAGGCCAACUUCUUGUACCAUCUGGCCUCCGCAGCCGCUGCAACCAAACCCGCUGCUUUCGAGGAUGCGGGCAGACUUCCCGACCUCAAGAGUAGUGUCAAAGCGGAGUCGCCGGAGGAGUGGAAUCUGCAGAGCUGGGCCCCCAAAGCGUCUCCGGUGUACUGCCCGGCCGGCCUGGGGAGUUGUUUCACAGAGAUAAGGAACGAUAGGGUAUCUGAGAUUACAUUCCCACACUCUGAAAUUUCCAGUACUGUAAAGAGAACUGACCUGACAAUUAACUGCCUGGCGGAGGGGGCCUCUUCACCUAGCCCAAAGACAAACAAUGCAUUUCCACAACAAAGAAUACUCCGAGAGGCAAGGAAAUGCCUACCAGCAAGUCCUACGGCACACUGUGCAGAUAACAACACAAUAGCUGCUAGGUUCUUAAAUAAUGAUUCUUCAGGAGCGGCCUCAAAUUCAGAGAAAGAUUCCAAAAUCCCUCAUUGUGCUGAAUUUGCUACGGAUUUGUCCCCUUCACAAGCGGAUUCUGCAGUGGAUGCAGCAGCAGCAACUAAAGCUGAGACUCCCUGCACGAACACAGGAGACAAGACCUUGCUAUUUCUGCACAAUAUUAAAAUCAAAGUAGAAGACAGUAGUGCUAAUGAAGAAUAUGAACCUGACCUUAUUACAAAUAAGCUUAAGUGCGAGUGCAAUGAUACAAAGGGUGAGUUUUACAGUGUGACUGAAAGUAAAGAGGAGGACGCCUUGUUAACCACAGCCAAGGAAGAAGGCUUUGCAUGCCCUGAAAAAGAAACUCCUUCCUUAAAUCCACUGGCUCAGAGUCAGGGCCUUUCAUGCACUUUAGGUUCUCCAAAACCUGAGGAUGGGGAAUAUAAAUUUGGUGCCAGGGUGAGAAAAAAUUACCGGACACUAGUACUGGGAAAGCGACCUGUACUUCAGACACCUCCAGUCAAACCAAAUUUGAAAUCAGCUAGAAGUCCUCGUCCUACAGGUAAAACUGAGACACAUGAAGGAACACUGGAUGAUUUUACAGUUAUAAACAGACGCAAAAAGGUAGCCAGCAAUGUAGCAUCAGCAGUGAAAAGGCCAUUUAAUUUCAUGGCAAAUUUUCCUUGUCCACCAUCACUCAUUAUUGGGAAGGAUGGGGAUUUGUGGCCGGCGUAUUCCUUAAACACCACUAAGGAUUCCCAACCUCCUCACAAGGCCCAUCCUAUAUGGAAAUGGCAGCUGGGCGGUUCUGCAAUACCUCUUCCACCUAGUCACAAAUUCAGGAAAUUUAAUUCAUAAAAGUGUUUUGGAAGAUAUUUUCUUGAACCCUAUUACCUUCCUUUUGUUGUAAACUGCACAGGAUGGUUUGUACAAGUCCAUUAAUGUGUUACACCCCUUUUGGAGCCCUGGUUUAUCGCAUUUUGAAGACAGAAAUCGGAUUACUUUUUUCCCA